CUGUUUUGUAAUUAUUUUUUAGUCUUUUUGAUAGAAGCCUUGAGAGGGGGAGGGAAUCCUUGACGGUCUAAUAUUUUAUUUUUCAAUGCGCAAAGCCUAUAGGCUACAUAUAUAACGCCCCCAAUAGUAAACAAUCCUGUAUUCCUUCAAUACAUACUUUGUUUUAAUACAAAUGAUAUCAAUAAUAGCAUACAUGCAUUAUAAUGAGAUUUAUUGCGUUUUCGAAUGAAGUAGGUUUGAUCAACCCAAGGUUGAUUAAUGACGUCAUUGCAUCGUUUCUGCGAAUAAAAGACUUGAAUUCAUAAUAAAUUGAUCCGGGAUGGAUUAAAACCCGUUCAUUCGGAAACGCUAUUAGAGAAAGGAGAGGAAUAGUUAAAAAGAGGGAGUUAACGCGAAUAAAGGAUCGUGCACCUUCGUGCGUUCUCGUAUCAAAGUUGGCGGCUGGCGACUGUGUACUCGGCUCUUUGUUUAUUUUCGAGCGAUGUACGGGCGUCGCAUAUCGUAUAGCGAGCGAUCUCAAUUGACAGCUGCUGAGCGACUAGUACCAGCGUAGUGCAUUAGUAGGUAGUAGUAGUAGCAGCUGGCAAUUAGUAUUAUCGGUCAGUGUCGAGUGCGCUGAUCCGUGGGAUGAAAUAGCAGAUGGUCAUUGACCGCGACUUAGGACGAUCUAUUGUUUACACAUCAACUCGACGUAUCCUGAAAGACGGCGUCCCGUCUCCUCGUUGGUGGGUUCCUUCCGAUCGUCGUCGUUCUCGCGACGAUAAGCGAUUGCGGAUGAAAAUGUCAUCGUCGAAAGUAGCGGGAAACUCUCCCGCAAAAAUCACGAACAAUAAAGGCGAGCAACAGGAAUUUCCGCUGGGCCUUGAUAAGGACGCCAGCGAACAUAGCAUCUCCAGUAUGAUGUCGUGCGUGUCCAUUUCGCCGAAGCAUGCAGAGAGCAGCCUCCGAGUGAUGGAAAGUUAUUUGCACAGGCAACAGCUGACAGACGUUACGUUGAUCGCAGGAAAUAAGCGCGUCCCGGCCCAUCGAUUAGUACUAAGUGCUGGUUCAGAAUAUUUUGCUGCCAUGUUCACAAGCUCUCUACGAGAGUCGGCACAAAAUGAAAUAGAAUUAAUGGAUGUAGAUGGAGAUGCAUUAUGGGCUUUGGUUCUUUAUUGUUAUACGGGCUGCAUAGAAUUACAGGAAGAUAGUGUAGAGACCCUUCUUGCAACCGCAUGCCUAUUACAAUUAAAUCCAGUUAUUAAAGCAUGCUGUCAAUUUCUCGUCAAACAGCUUCAUCCAAGUAAUUGCCUCGGUAUACGGAUGUUUGCCGAUACGCAGGGUUGUACAGAAUUAUUUGAACAUGCACAUGCGUAUACUACCAAACAUUUCAUGGAAGUUACAAGAAAUCAAGAAUUUUUACUCUUAUCUGCCAACGAAGUUGCAAAAUUACUUGAAUCCGAGGAUCUUAAUGUUCCUUCAGAAGAAACUAUCUUUCAUGCCCUUAUGAUUUGGCUGGAACAUGAUCCAGAAAACAGGAGCAAAGAUGCCAGCAAAUUAUUAAGUUUAGUAAAAUUACCAUUGUUAUCACCUGCGUUUAUAGCUGACAAUAUUGAGAGCAAUGAAAUGUUCAAAGACCAAAGAAUGGCACAGGAAUUAGUAAUGGAAGCAUUGAAAUAUCAUCUGUUACCUGAACGAAGACCUCUGCUUCAAUCAGGAAGAACGAAACCGAGAAAAGCUACUGUGGGUACAUUGUUAGCUGUCGGAGGAAUGGAUGCUAAUAAAGGUGCUACAUCCAUAGAUGCAUUUUCAUUACGCGAUAACGCUUGGAGAUCUCUAGCUGCUAUGAGUGGCAGAAGAUUGCAAUUCGGCGCCGUAGUAGUCGAUAAGAAAUUGAUCGUUGCGGGCGGUAGAGACGGUUUAAAAACGCUGAACACGGUAGAAUGCUUUGAUUUCUCUACUCAUAUCUGGAGUACAUUACCACCCAUGAAUGUGCAUCGUCAUGGCUUAGGAGUGGCAGUCUUAGGUGGGCCCUUGUAUGCUGUUGGCGGUCACGAUGGUUGGAGUUUUCUUGAUACAGUGGAGAGAUGGGAUCCAGCAACGCGUCAAUGGAGUUCAAUAUGCCCUAUGUCCAUACAAAGAUCUACGGUCGGUGUAGCUGUGUUAAAUGAUAAAUUAUACGCUGUAGGAGGAAGAGAUAUCAGUUCCUGUUUAAAUACUGUAGAAUGCUACGAUCCACAUACUAAUAAGUGGACACCAUGUGCGCCCAUGUCGAAGAGACGAGGCGGUGUAGGCGUGGGAGUAGUAAAUGGUUGUCUUUACGCGCUUGGUGGUCACGAUGCUCCAGCCAGUAAUCCUAACGCUAGCAGAUUCGACUGUGUAGAGAGGUAUGAUCCUAAAACCGAUACAUGGACAAUGGUUGCACCAAUGAGUGUACCCCGAGAUGCGGUCGGUGUGUGCGUGCUAGGUGACCGACUUAUAGCUGUGGGAGGAUACGACGGUCAGCAAUAUCUCACGCUGGUAGAAGCCUAUGAUCCACAUCUCAAUGAAUGGGAAUCCGUUGCUCCUCUCAAAGCUGGCCGCGCGGGACCCUGUGUUAUUGUCAAAAAUUUAGCUACCGGCAUUUAAAUCAUUCUUAGCACCAAUAAGACUUAUUUCUAUAUGAUUCUACAUUCAUAAUUAGAUGUAAAUUAGGCGUUUCAGAAAUAUAAUACAAUAUGCUCUCUCUUGUGAUAUUACAUGUACAUGUUAAAUUAAUUGCGGUGUUAUUUUUCUGAAACGGUUUUAAACGAUUACAUUUCUUCUUAUCAUCCCCCUCCCCCCGCACACAGAAUGCGAUAGGUAAUGCUUGCCGCGCGGCAAAAGACGGUAGCCAAUCAAUUUUUCGUUCUAAUGGAAAAGUUGAUUAGCUGCCGCGCGGCAA